GCUCCAUUUUACCAGACGAACAUGAGCGCGGCAGCGUGGUCCUCGUGGUUGGAUCGCCUGGAGCGCGCGCGCGGUCAGGAGCAGGCGCUGUCCAGCAAAAUCCGCACGGGAAACUCGGGCGCCAUUGGCAUUAGCGUCUUCGCGUUGCAGCAGAGCGUCUCGCGGCUCAAGCGGGAUUUCGACCAGCUCAAGCGAUCUUCGAGCUCAGUGACAAAGGAAGAGAUAGAGCGGCGUGAACGGCUGCUUAACCAGUUAGCCCGGGACCAGCAAGAGGACUUGGACAUGUAUAAUAGCCGGAAGACUUCGAAGGCUUCAGUGAGCCCUGGCGCGGCGGACGCGCCAGCACGACUACUGGGCAUGCAGAGCCAGAUUAUGAAGGACCAGGACCAGCAGCUGGACUUGAUCGGCCAGGGCGUGUCCAACUUGCGCAACUACAGUCUGACGGUCAAGGACGAGACCGAGCUGCACGUGCGGCUGUUGAACGAGAUCGACGACGAUGUGACCCGCGUCACGGAUGGACUCGAGUCAGAGGGUGCUCGAGCGGCACGGGUGGCCAAGCAAAGCAACAACACCAAGCUCUACCUCAUCAUCCUCGUGCUCGUGGUGAUCCUCAUUUUCCUUCUCCUGGCAGGUGGUUAG